AUGUCCAUCACACUUGCGUCCACUCCGCUCCCAGUGUCCUCCGUACCGGCUGAAGACGAUACGCUUGCCAACCCUACCGCUUCGUCCCUAACUUACCAACCACAGCAGAAAUCCCUAUCCGUUACUUUGAACGGUCCCAGCAUCGUGACCCUUUCCGCCAUCCUCGUGCUAUCCCUUCACACCCUUGGAUCUGUCCUCACGCAAUGCCUUGUCCUGCUCACCCCUCUGGUUCUGUUGUUACGAAACGACUAUUGCAAUUUCAUCAGCCUCGGACCUGGAGGCACGCCGUCCACCUUCUCCGGCUACCUCCAAAUCGCGUGGUGGAGGCUUUGGGCCCUCCGUGACCCAUUCACGCUCUCAAAAAACUUCGAUUCGUCAACACAGGCUGGGAUUUUGCCGGAGCAGCACCUGCCGUACAGGCAUGGUCUGCGGCCCGUCGUCGCUGGGAUCGCCCCCCAGCGGCAAAUCGAUCAGCAUGGUUCGAGGCACAGCUACCAGACCUUGAGAAGGGCAAUGGUGAAAGUUGGCCAUCUUCAUCCCAACAAGUUCGGCACAGAGAGGUCGUGUGUAGAAAAGCAUGGCCUGGCACUUUUCGCCAAACAUGCUUUGAGAACAAACUGCCAGGGAGAGAUUGUUCAUGUCCAUGAUUCGGACCACUCUAUGCACAUGUGUUUGCAUGCCGAUGACAUAAGACAAGUCUUGCGCAAGGGCUGGGGUCAGAGGCAUCCCCUGGCGAGGAGAGGAUGGUUUCUACAGAUGCCAGUGUCGCCGAACUUUGUCAUGGUUUACGCCCCUCGGGAUGAAUGUGAGCUGCAGAUUGUAUACAGAAUCAUCGAGGCUGCUGUUUGGUAUACCGUCGAAGAACGCGUUUCCCUUUCGUAG